CCGAAGAGAGCCAGCAUUGUUUGGGGCUCGCUCGCGGGUGUCUGGGUUGCUUUUGGUUGCGAAGUGCGAACCAUGGCUAGCCCUUGCGUCCUUUUGAUGUGCUCGCUGCUGCUGCUGCUACUCCUAGAGAGGGCGUGUGCCCAGGAAACCCCACUGACAGGGAUUGCGGAUAUCUGCUUGCAGCCACCCCUUGUAGGACCCUGUCGGGCCAUACAUUUCAGGUGGUAUUAUGAUAGAUACUCACAAACCUGCAAGGAGUUUACAUAUGGGGGCUGCCAAGGGAACGACAACAAUUUCUUAGAUUUUACAGAGUGUUCAGAAAAAUGCAAAUGGAUCAAAAAAGUGCCAAAAAUAUGCAGGCUGGAAAGUGAGCCAGGAAUAUGCCGAGGUUACAUUGCAAGAUAUUUCUUUAACCUCAGAACGAUGAGAUGUGAAAAGUUUUAUUACGGAGGAUGUUUUGGAAACGAAAACCGAUUUGACAGCCCAGCCACCUGCAUGGACUUCUGUUUGCCAAGAAGAACUGCUCCUUCAUUUUGUUACAGUCCAAAAGAAGAAGGAUCAUGUUCAGCUUCAGUCUCUCGCUUUUAUUACAAUACUAGGACAAAAACAUGUGAGAGGUUCACCUACACUGGCUGUGGUGGCAAUAAUAACAACUUUGUCACAGAAAAAUCCUGUCUCAGGACGUGCAGGAGAAGAACAAGGAAGCAAAUUUCGUUGACCAAAGAACUGGAUGAAUACAAAAAUCUCUCCAAAAAAUGAAUGCUGCACAGUUUCCUAAAUAUGAGAAUCUGAACUAUUUGAAUUUACUGGAAGCUAUAAUUUAUUACCUUAUUAUAUACAGAAAAUAUUAUGAACAUUUCUGAAAUAUAGGAAAUUACUAUUGUGUAAUUUUAAUUCAUUAUAAUACCAUUGAAGGCACAAUUAUAUAAUUGUAGACUCUUCUUUCCUUUUUUUGUAAUCCUUCCGCAGUUGCUGUUGAUUAACCAUCUGGAUUCUAGUAGCCUCGCAUGAUUGCUGUUCUGUUUGGAGAGGGUAAAAGAAUAUAUUUCUAGUCUUGAAGGCAGCUGUUCUAUCAUGAGGCCUGGGCAGUUAAUUUAACUGCUGAUCAGGUCUGGUGGGGUGAGAUGUCAAGACAGUAAUCCCACUGGCCUAAUUUG